ACAAUGCAGUCACACACACACAAUGCAGUCACACACACACACACAAUGCAGUCACACACACAAUGCAGUCACACACACACUUACACUCACACACACAGUCACACUCUCACACACACAGUCACACUCUCACACACAAUGCAGUGACACUUACACUCACACACACAAUGCAGGCACACAGUCACACACUCACACACACAGUCACACUCACACACACAAUGCAGUCACACACACAGUCACACUGUCACACACAAUGCAGUCACACACUCACACACACACAGUCACACACACACACACACAGUCACACUCUCACACAGUCACACACUCACACUCUCACACAGUCACACACUCACACACACUCACACACACAAUGCAGUCACAUACACAGUCACACUCUCACACUCACACAGUCACACUCUCACACACAAUGCAGUGACACACUCACACACACUUACACUCACACACAGUCACACUCACACACAAUGCAGUCACACACUCACACACACAGUCACACUCUCACACACAGUCACACUCACACACACAAUGCAGUCACACACACAAUGCAGUCACACUCACACACAGUCACACACUCACACACAGUCACACAAUGCAGUCACACACAGUCACACUCUCACACACAAUGCAGUCUCACACACAGUCACACUCACACACACAAUGCAGUCUCACACACACAGUCACACUCACACACACAAUGCAGUCACACACUCACACACACAGUCACACACACAGUCACACUCACACAAUGCAGUCACACACAGUCACACUCUCACACACAAUGCAGUCACACACUCACACACACACAGUCACACUCUCACACAAUGCAGUCACACACUCACACACACACACAAUGCAGUCACACACACACACACACACACACAAUGCAGUCACACACACACACACACACACACACAAUGCAGUCACUCACACACACAAUGCAGUCCCACACUCACACAAUGCAGUCACACUCACACACACAAUGCAGUCCCACACUCACACAAUGCAGUCCCACUCAGCAACAGGCUGGCGGUCCUUCUCGUGUGCAGGAGGCCGAGGAGUGUGUGUCUCUGCUGGAGAGGGAGUGUGCCGCUCUGAGUCCUCAGCUCGGUCCUCUCCGGAUCCUGCCCCUCCAUGCUGGACUGGGUGGGCUGGCCCAGCGGGUCUACGAAUCCAGCUCCCACGGUUCUCCGCUGAGGGAGAGUGGCGGCUCUGAGGGCCCGGAUGGCUCGGUGCCGGGAGCCAGAGGUCAGGGGGUGACGAGGAAGGUCAUUCUCUCCGAUACCCUCGCAGAGGCUUCCUUCUCCCUGCCGGCCAUCCGCUACGUCAUCGACACGGGCCUUCAGCUCCAGACUGUUUACAACACACAGAUACGAGCCAACUCGCAGGUCGUGAGGACGAUCAGCAGACACCAGGCCGACAUGAGAACUCAGAGGGUCAACAGCCACCUCCCAGGGCUGUGCCUGCGCCUCUACCCCCAGUCCCUGUAUGCCGGUGGGAUGGAGGAGGCCCGGUGUCCAGGCGUCCUGGAGGAGGACCUGAGCCACUUGGUGCUGCUGCUCAAGAGGCUGGACAUCGCCGACAUGGGGCAGUGCAAGUUCCUGGACAGACCCGCCCCCGAGGCUCUCAUGCAGGCUCUGGAGGACCUGGACUACCUGGCGGCGCUGGACGAUGACGGGAACCUGUCCGAGGUGGGCAUCAUCAUGUCCGAGCUGCCACUGGAGCCGCCGCUGGCUAAAGCCUUGAUCGCCGCCUGCGAGUACGACUGUGUGGACGAGCUGCUCACUGUAGCCGCCAUGCUAACGGCUCCGUCCUGCUUUGUGACAGCAGAAGCCGACCGGGAGGAGGCUGCCGUCUCCUGCUGGAGACCCCUGAUGCACCCAGAGGGAGACCACAUGACCCUCAUCCACAUCUACAACGUCUUCACAGAGCAUAAUCAGGAUGAGGCGUGGUGCACGACAAACUUCCUCAGUCACACUGCCUUGCGAUUGGCUGUGGUGAUCAGGGCGGAGCUACUGGAGGUGAUGCAGCGAAUAGAGCUUCCUGUUUCUCCUCCUGCGUUCGGAUGCCAGGACAACUGCACGAAUAUCAAGCGCGCCCUCAUCUCCGGCUUCUUCCUCAAAGUGGCUCAUGAUGUGGAUGGCUCAGGUAACUACCUCCUGCUGACUCACCGCCAUGUGGCUCACCUGCAUCCCUUCUCGUCCUACCUGUGCCGCCGGCCGUGCCCCAGACCCCCGAGCUGGGUUCUGUACCACGAGUUCACCGUCUCCAGGGACAACUGCAUCCGCAUCGCCUCCGAGGUCCACCCCCAGAUGCUCAUGGAGCUGGCCCCGCAGUACUACCUGGGGAACCUGCCAUCCAGCGACGGCAAAGAGCUGCUCAUGGAGCUGAGGCAGAGUCUGGAGCCCCGGGCCUACGAGCCGGACCAGGGACCGGACCAGCACAGCAGGACUCACAGGAACCCAGACGGGACCGGAGACUCUCAGUCCAGCAACGAGCUCUGUGUCGUCCAAUGAGACGCAAGAAGGCUCUCAACAUGUCACGAUAAUUUGAUCUGCGAUUUGGUACUUUGUAUAAAUGAAUGAUGUUUGAUUGGAAUGUACAGUGAUGUGUUCAUGUAUCUUCUCUGGACCCCGUGACCUCUUUGUGCUGGAUGGACUUAAAGUUUUAUUUAGAGUUUUUUAUUUAAUGAGGGACUUCUGUGUUUCUGUUGUUCUAUAAGCAUCGUGUAAUAAUGGAGUGGGUGAAACGCUCUAAAGGUUGACCUUUGACCUCUAUGCAGACGGCUGUUGAUACUGUUUUUAAUGUUUUGGGUUCCCAGCUUAGGCCUUCUUCUCUCUGUGUCGUAAUGAAGAAUCCGAUUUCAUAGUCAAUACUUCAAAUAAAAGUGUUUUUCAUGUUGGAA